GAGCUCUGGCGAGGAUACUUCCAAUCCGUCCGUCCAUCCCUCGGGCGCAUGAUCAUUAAUGUCGACAUGUCGACUGCUGUCGUUUACAGAAAUAUCAAUAUCAUCGACUUUGCUAUGCAAUACCUUGGAUUCAGAGAUGUUGGUCAGCUCGUGAUGAUGCAUCCCGGUUCAAAGGAGUGGAAACUCCUCAAGUCGGUUCUGAAGGGUGUCCGUGUCAUCACCACCGUACCACCGACGGAUCGUCAGAAGGCUCCUCGACCUAUCAAAGAUCUUAUCCCACAGGCUGGCCUCUACGAGUUCAAAAUUGGAAACGAAUCCUGGACUGUCCAGCAACACUACCAAAAAGCCCACGGGUAUUCCAUGCGUUUCCCAAAAGGGUGGGGCAUAGGAUUUGCGGGUGAUGCCGUUGUCCCACCCGAGGUGUGCGUCAUUAUACCUGGCCAGUUGUACCGAAAAAAGGUCCCCCCUGCGAACAUGAAAACUGUGUUGGACUUCUCUGCUAAGAACCCCAGCGACCGGCUUCAAAUUAUUGAGCAAGGCGUUAACGGUUCAUUCCUUAAUUACCAUCAAAGUGAUUCCUUGGGAUUAGCUGGGAUUAAAGUCGGCACGAGCGCCAUGGAGAUCAAAGGGAGGAUGCUGGAUGCACCGCAGGUCGUGUACGCCAACGGUGUUCUGGCUAAUACUGUCGGUAAAUCUGGCGCCGGAAACUGGAAUGUCCUCAGGCACCAGUUCUUUUCGCCUGGUCGUCUGGUCAAAUGGGUUGUCGUCAACCUUGCAGGUGCCCCACAAGAGGCCGCUAAUUUUGCGGUCGAACUUCUGAAAGCAUGUCGUGCUCUUGGGAUCGAAUGUCAACCCGCCGGUGCCGUCUUAGAUGGAAAUCCAAGCAAUGCUUGGGCAACUCUAGAGAGCACAAAGAAGCACCUAGCUGAUCCGAACAACCCUAAAUCACCUCCGUUGCUUGUCGCUGUUGUCUUGCCUGAUAGUGCUGCGGAGCUCCGGCGUCUUGUGAAGUUGUGGGGUGAUAGCGCCAAUGGUGUUCCUACCCAGUGUGUUAGGAGGAUGAAGUUGAGGCCCAUCAACAAUCAGUACAUCAACAAUGUUGCAUUGAAAGUCAAUGCGAAACUCGGAGGAGUCAAUUCCAUAGCACGCGGACCAGUAAGCAACCUGAUCAACCAGACCCCAACCAUGAUCAUUGGUGCCGAUGUCUCGCAUCCCGGCCCUGGAGUGCAGCGGCCAUCCAUUGCUAGUGUUGUGGCCUCUUAUGACCCCUUCUUGAGCAAGUACUCGACUUUUGUUACACUGCAGAUGCCGCGAAGAGAGGUCAUUGAGAAUCUCAAGAGCAUGAUCAAGCGAUCAUUCGAGGUUUUCGGAAGUCGAACUGGGCGCAUGCCUGCUAUCGUGUUUUACUAUCGGGAUGGUGUGUCUGACGGCGAAUACGCUGACGUCCUUGGUGUUGAAGGCAAAGCCAUUGAAGAGGCAUACACUGAAGUGGCUCAGCAAGCGGGGCAAACGUCCACAAUGAAGCUCAUCUUCAUCACCGUUGGUAAACGUCAUCACUUCCGUUUCUUCCCAACCCAGCACGGAUCUAGGGAUGGCUCUGGUAAUGUGCCGUCAGGACUCGUUGUAGAUCAGGACAUAGCGCACCCACGUGAAACCGACUUCUACCUUCAAUCGCAAUGCGGACUGAAAGGCACCAGUCGCUCGUCCCAUUAUGUAGUUCUUCGGAACGACGCUUCUGUUCCGAUGGACGAUCUCCAGGAGUUGUCGUACAUGCUGUGCUAUAAUUAUGCUAGAGCGACAAAGGCGGUAUCCAUUCCUGCUCCGGUGUACUACGCAGAUCUGGCUUGCGAGCGAGCAGGGUUCUACUUCGACGAAAAUCUGAACUUCGCGUCCGAGGCAGGUGAUAGCGAUGGGUCCACCUUUGAUCUCAACAUGUGGAUCAAUGGCUUCAAGGGUAUACACCGGGCCAUGAACACGAAGCUUUUCUUUGUCUGAUCUGUCGAACUUCUGUCCGUCAUUGCCAUGGCUCAUACUGAUCUUGCCAAGUUCCCACCGUUAUUUUCGAUGUACCGUGUGUCCAGAAUUUUUGCGUGUUACGUUGUAUCGUCCGUGGCUGAUUUCGCACUUGUCUAGUCAGUACUAUGUCUGUGUUUGUAUGUUGCUUGUGUAGUCGUAGUUGGCCGGACACUUGUAUCGAAGAGAAUCAGAGAAGUUACGAAGAAGUCCCUAUGUAGUUUGUACGAUUGAGUAGUGAC